AUGGUGAAACAGCUCUAUGAUUAUCUAAGAGGGGAGCAAGCUAAGCCUGAAUGGAAAGGUCUAAUGUUUAAGAAUGCAGCCAGGCCAAAAGCUAUCUUCACACUAUGGAUCUUGCUGAAUAGGAAGCUAGCAACAAUUCAUAGAAUAGCUAAAUGGGGAGUGGCACAUGAUCCAAUCUGUGUAAUGUGUAAAGGUGCUGAUGAAAGUUUAGAUCAUUUGUUCUUACAAUGUCACUAUGCAGAAGAAGUAUGGGAAAGAGUAUUAACAUGGGCUGGUUUCUUCAACAACAGACCAAGGACUUGGAUACAGUUCAUGCAUUGGAGUAUACACAAUGGGAAAGGGAAGACAACAAAAGCUCAACUGUUUAAGACAAUUAUGACUGAAGGUGUCUAUGCUAUAUGGAAUGAAAGAAACAAGAGAAUUUUUGAAGACAAGAAAUGCUUGAUAGAUGAGGUAGUCAAGAAGAUAGCCUAUGUUACUACUGCUAAAGCUCCUAUUAGUAUUAACAAUGUCAUAAAUCAUAGGAAGAUUUGA